GCACGCAAUAGCAGGACGCGGUCGGACAUGGCCUGACCUCCAGCCCCUGCAACUAAAUCCCUUUAAAUAAUCAUACAAGGACUCCCCAAGAUCUUCACUCUCCUUGCUUCUUUCUUCACCCACCCUCCUUCCCUCACGCGUGCCUCGUGGAAACAUGGCUCCAUCCAAAGCAGAUGUCAACCCCGUGGGGUCGGCCGACAAGAGCGUCGCCGGCCAUAAUGAAGAAGGCUUUGAAGUCCACCACGUCAAUUUGAACGCCAAUGUCACUGCCGAGAUCGAGAACCCCCUGGCCCGAAUUCCUCGCUCGGUCCUGCUUGCCAAUGUCGACAGGUUUGCCGUGGAGAAGAACCUGACUGAAUAUACCGAUCUGCUGAAGAAAGGUGCUCUGGUUGCACAAGACCCGACUAAUUACGAGGCCAUAUCAGGUCAGUUCGCUCUGACUGAUGUAGAGCUCCAGGACCUUCACACCGAGGUCACUCAUAAAUGGCGCCACCCGGCAAUGUUGUAUUUCACCAUUAUUCUCUGUUCAAUCGGCGCUGCCGUCCAGGGUUGGGAUCAGACCGGCUCCAAUGGUGCCAACCUGUCUUUCCCUGAUGUCUUUGGAAUUGGUGGUACUAGCAAUCACGACACAUUGCUCGUCGGCUUGGUGAACUCCGCUCCGUAUGUUGGAUCUGCCUUGAUUGGUUGCUGGGUUUCUGAUCCCCUUAACCAUUACUUUGGUCGCCGUGGUGCUAUCUUUGUGGCUGCCAUCUUUUGCUUCCUGCCUGUCAUUGGCUCCGCUUUUACCCAGACUUGGGAACAGCUCUUUGCUUGUCGUCUUUUGCUGGGGAUUGGAAUGGGUGCCAAAGGAUCCAGCGUUCCAAUUUUCGCCGCCGAAAACGCACCUGCUAAUAUUCGAGGCGCUUUGGUCAUGACAUGGCAGUUGUGGACAGCAUUCGGUAUCCUUUUGGGAUACAGUGCAAACUUGGCGGUUGCCCAUGUCGGUACUAUUGCUUGGAGACUGCAGCUUGGAUCCGCAAUGAUUCCAGCUCUUCCUCUACUCUUUGGCGUCUAUUUUUGCCCCGAAUCGCCCCGCUGGCUGAUGAAAAAAAACAAAUACCCCCAGGCGAUGAAAAAUUUGAUCAAACUGCGAAUCAACCCCGUCCAGGCUGCUCGAGACCUUUAUUCUAUCCACACACAACUCGAAUUGGAGGCCGCUGUAGUUGGCGAGACAAAUUACGCGACACGGUUUAUUCAGCUCUUUACUAUUCCACGUGUUCGUCGCGCAACCCUUGCCUCCUUUACUGUCAUGAUUGCUCAGCAAAUGUGUGGCAUCAACAUCAUUGCUUUCUACUCAUCAACCAUUUUCGUCAAAUCGGGAUUCGAUCAAUUUCAAGCGUUGUGGGCCUCGUGGGGUUUUGGAUUGAUCAAUUUUCUCUUCGCAUGGCCUGCCAUCUGGACCAUUGACACGUUUGGACGGCGAUCAUUACUUCUUUUCACCUUCCCAAACAUGGCCUGGACUCUCUUGACGGCUGGUCUGUGUUCCUUGAUCAGCGUCAACUUGAAAGCCCACCUAGCUCUUGUGGCCAUGUUUGUCUAUAUCUUUGCCAUGUUUUACUCUCCCGGUGAAGGGCCCGUGCCAUUUGCAUAUUCGGCUGAAGUCUUUCCACUUUCCCACCGUGAACUCGGAAUGGGUUGGGCUGUCGCAACCUGUUUGUUCUGGGCCGCGAUUCUCUCCAUUUUCUUGCCGUUGAUGUUGGACACCAUGCAACCGGUGGGUGUGUUCGGAUUUUACGCUGGCACUAAUAUCCUUGCACUCAUCAUGAUCUUCUUUUGGGUUCCGGAAACCAAACAGCGUACUCUUGAAGAACUAGAUUAUAUUUUCGCUGUUCCUACUCGCACUCACAUGAAGUAUCAGCUCAAUAAGGCCCUACCGUAUUUUAUCAACCGCUGGGUCUUUAGACGCAAGGAUGCUGUCCUCGAGCCGUUGUAUCAUCUAGACAAAGGUCGUCAUAGCGAUGAGUCUGAGAGUGAAAAGGUGCUCGGCAGCCCUGCGGCGCCGCCGAAGUACGACGCGAUCGAGGUUCCUGAAGGUGAAACUGAGGCUGUUGAGACAGCUAUCGAUGAGCCUAAGACUGUUACUUGAAAUCAGGCUGGAUAGCUUAAAAAGGGUGUCGAGGGGGCCUUGCGAUUGGAAGUUGAUACUCGGCGAACAUGAGCUCACAGUGGUGAUCCUGUACUUAUGCUUAAUACUAGUUGCAGUGAUGGUUACAAAUUACAAGUAAUGCGAUAUGAUCGACAACAGAUCACAGGGCACUUUAGCCGCUUAUUGAGAUAUAAUGAUUCAAAUAACGUAUCUUGGAAACAUUUAAAAGAG